AAUACCACGCAAUGGCAAUUGUCAAUUCGCAACCUUUCAAGGGCAUCUACGCCUUGCUCGCCAUUGGUUAUGAACUCGCGCGUCUUCCCAUCUUCUUGGUCAAAUACCUCACCAGCUAUGGUCGCCAACAUCCAGAAUGGACAUUCCGCCAAGCUCUCAUGGUCCGCGUUUUCUUCUCCGCGCUCAGCCACGUCGCGACCAUACAUGUAAAGACUGCACUUCCGCUCUCGGCCGGCAAAGAGAGCGAACGUUGGAUCACCAUCAAGCCAGCAAAAGACGACAAAUACAAAGGACCACUGCGAAGCAACCCUGAUGUCAAGCCAGUAGAAAUUGGUGCUACUUGGUACCCUGCGCCACUCACCGCUACCAGCGACAAGAGCAACAUCAAGCUUAUCCUACACAUUCACGGUGGCGCAUUUGUGAUUGGCGAUGGACGAUCACAGGACAGUGGUCCUUUUGCUCAGAAGCUGCUCAAACACGCUGGCGCUACGCACGUCUUGUGUCCUCAGUACCGUCUCUCGACCCUUCCUGCUUCAAAGACGUCGAACCCGUUCCCGGCGGGUCUCGUGGACAGCUUGACAACCUACCUCUACCUCAUCAACGACCUCCACAUCUCGCCAAAGGACAUUGUGAUCUCCGGUGACUCAGCUGGAGGAAAUCUCGCCAUCGCCUUGGUUCGCUACAUCACCGAGCACGGCCCUGAUCUGGAUAUCCCCAGUCCAUCCGCCGCUCUCCUGUGGUCUCCAUGGAUCGACCCUUCUGACGAUAGCUGCUCUUUCGUACACGACAACGCAAACUACGCCACCGACUACCUCUCAUCUGCAUUCACCCUAUGGGGAGUGCACGCAUACGCCGGUCUGCCUGGUCUCAAGACGCUAUCACAACCAUACGUCAACAACAAGCUCAAGAUGUUCAAGACUGAGGUGCCAUUGUGGGUUCACGCUGGUGGCGCGGAGAUGUUGUUCGCCGAUGACAAGGAGUGGGCGGAGAACAUGAAGAAAGCUGGAAACGAUGUGACUUGGGCGGUUGAGAAGCAUGCGCCACAUGAUAUCAUGGCUGUAGGGCAUAUGAUGGGCUUUCAGAAGGAGGCAGUCAACUCAGCUAAGCAGGCUGGUGAGUGGUUGAGGAGUCUGAAGAAGUAGCGAGUAAACAAGUCAGCAGAUAGCACAGGCAGGUAACCGUUCAACUCUUCAAGAUU